AAUUCGCAGGUCCUUAACGAUCCGCGGGCUCCUAUUGUUGGCUCCAGGCGUGUCCUCAGCCCUCUUCCUUUCUUCUCCCCAUUGAGGUUCUCCAUUGGGCUGCUCGGAGCGCCUGUGCCGUCAUCGCCGGGAACCACACCUCACAUGUGCGCCUGGGCGUUGGACUGCGCCGCUCUUUCUCCCUCUCCCACCAAGAGCUGAAUUUCCACAUUUGCGCCAAUUCUCACAUUUUCUUAUUUUUUGCCUCCUGCACAAGAUUCGAUUUGCGCGAUCUUUAAACUCCCUUUUUUUCCCUCUCUCCCUCCCUCCCCCACUUCCAUCCCACAUUAUUAUUGAAGGGUCGCUCUUUGGUGAAGGAUCUCUGCGGUCUUUGUUUGUUCCUCACUGGAUCCCUUGAGUUCCUUUGUUGGCUGGGAAGCAUGGGAGCGCAGACCUCCAAGACCGCAACAAAAGCCGAGGUUGACGCCGAGAAGCAGGAAGACGCCGCCGUGUCUCCGACCAAAUCCAACGGGCAGGAAAAUGGACAUACAAAGGUGAAUGGUGACGCAUCUGAUGCAGCAGCCCAGGAUGAAGCCCAGGUCAACGGAACUGCCCAGGCUGAAGAGGGCCUGAAAGAGGAGCCUGACAAGGCAGAGGCAGAGCCUGCUGAGAAGGAAGCAGAGGACAAAACGGAGGCUGUUCCAGCAGCUGAGGGCACUGCUGCAUCAGAGGAUGGUGCCUCGGGCAGUGGAGAGGCAAAGAAAAAGAAGCGCUUCUCUUUCAAGAAACCCUUCAAGCUCAGCGGAUUCUCUUUCAAAAAGAACAAAAAGGAGGCAGAGGGCGAGGCAGCAGCAACCUCCUCGGAAGAGGGGGCCUCCACCUCUCCAGAGGAGGGCAAAGAGGCCACUACUGAUGAGGUCCCUGCUGUGGAAGAGGCUGGCCCCGCCAGUGACGAUGUGGGAGAAAACCAGGAGGUGACCACCUCUCAGGGGGACAAACCGGAGGAGACCACAGAAGAGGAGCUGGAAACGGUGACUCCAACAGCAACCGAACCUCAGCAGAAAACGGAAGAUGCUGAACAAGAUACUGAGGUCAAACCUGCUGAAGAUUCCAUACAAGAGAAAACAUCUGAUUCUGAGGUGCCUGCCCCUGCUGAGUAAGCUGAAUAGAAGAUGUGAAAGAAAGUCCUGAGAUUGACAAUGGGCUUUGGUUUGGAUGACUUAGUGACCAGUCAUGUAUCAAAUCUGAUUUUGAUUCUUCCACAACACCCAUCUGUUUGAUACUGUCUAAAGGGGGCAGAGGUGUGUGGAUUAGAUUAAUUGAUACUAGGGUUUAAAGAUUACCCACUAUAGUGCCCCUUUAUCAGUAUUAAAUGGCUUGGUGCAGAUUUUUACAGCACCACAACACCAACACCUGUUGUGUGGGUAAAAUACCUCGAUAGUAUAUAUGGCUUGUCAAAGGGAUUUUUCUGCUAUGGUUGGAUUGUAGCUGCGUUCUCUACUGGGGAUUUCUGGAUGUAGGAAAAAAUGAGGGUAAUGCUGGUAACUUGAAUAUGUUGUCAUCCUUUGAUACAGUGGGGGGGGGAGGGAGAACAGUUUAGCUUUAGAAAGUCAUUAACUUGUAGAAGCUUUUUCACAUCACUAACUGGACCAUUUGAUCCUGUAAAAGUUGUAUAGGUUUAUUGAUGAUUUUAUGACCUUAAAAUUUUUGUAUGACCAGCAUGGUGUUAACUGAUUACUGUACAAAUGAAUAUUAAUAAAUGCACAUCUGACAUCGAAA